GUGACCACGUCGCUUCGGCAAGCCAAUAGGAAGCGACGCGAGACGGGCACGCCAGAAUCUUUCAGCGGCGUCUUCGGCCCGAGGUAGAUGCGGCGUCGCGUCGCAACCCCGACACCGCCACUGCUCGAUCCAACGAACCACGAUCCGGUGAAACCCAAGAAACCGUCGACAUUCUUGCCUCACAGCUGCGCAGCUGGUCUUAGUAUCCCGUGGCUCGAGGUUGGCCCUCGCGGAAGAAGGUACUCACUACGGCCGCGGGAGAGCCAUCUUGAAGGGGCCAAAAUGAUGUUCCGGGCUUCGAAAACCCGGACAAGUUCUCUGGUGGGACCCGAGUCCAUGCUCAACGGACGGCCCAAGAUAAUACGCCUGUCCAAGUCCGCCUUUCGCAAGCACCGCUUUGGCGGACGAGACGCUGCGGCCGCCUUCGCUGCUGCCAGCACCGGCCACGGCCUCCCGUGGCUUGCCAGGUUCCGAAAUCGCUGGCUGCCCAACAUCAACAAGAACGUGCUCCUUCCGCCGCUCAUCUCGCUGCGUAGCGUCGGCCUUCGCAUCAUAGACAGCAACGAUCACGUGAUCCUGUCAGCCUGCACCACUGUGUGGGCCAUCGUGUCUGUCGCCUUCCAGAGCGUCAACGUCUGCAUGACCAUCAUGGGGGUCGUAUCCAACAACUUUCAUGGCUACCUGCUUGAUCAGGUCUCGCUGGUAUUGGCUACUCUGUGCUCAAUCAUCUGCUCGGUGUUGCUGGCGUUCAGCCCGGGGCGGUUGAAUGCGCUCAUCGAAAAGGUGGAGGACACGUUGUUCGAGCUGCACUGCCCGCGUGACCUGCGCCAGUACUGGAUGCCCAUCAGCCUGCUCACCGUGGUCGGUUGGCUGUACAUGGCGCUCAGGUUCGUCGCAGUCACCUGGGUGCUCGACAACCAGCCGCCAAGGGACGUCUUCAAGGGCGUGUUCUUCACGGAGGCAAGCCGCAAGUAUUCGGAGAACACCCUGCUGUUCCUGGUGGCACUCAUCUGGUACCUGAACACCCUGUUCGUCUACGGAACUCUCGUGUUCGUCCCCAUCCUGUUCAUCUCCUUCUGCAUGAUACUGGCGCGCGCCUUCCGCGUACACAACGCCGUUAUACGUGACGUGCACCGGUCAGGCCGCUCGGUCGAGGCCGACACCCUCGCGCAGAUCCGCAUCUUCUACGAGCGCAUCUGUACUCUGGUCACCGACCUGAACGAGAUCUUCGGGCCGGUCAUCUUCUCCUGGUACAUCAUGAUCGUCCUCAGCGUUUGCAUCGACAUGACUCAACUCUUCAGCGACACAAACCUGCUGAAGAACACCAAGGAAGACGAAGGCUUUCUCUUCAGUCUUCGUGGCAUUUACUCCCUCCUCUCCUUCCUGGGGACAUGUCUUGCCGCGUCGCGGGUAUCCGAAGAGGCGCUCGCGCCUCUGCCGCACCUGCACGAGCUCACGCUGCGCAGCUGGCGUCUCGACAUGAACACCAAGAUGGAGGCGCACUUCUUCCUCAGUCGCCUCUCGUCGUCGCCAGUCUCGAUGACCGGCUGGAACUUCUUCACUAUCAAUCGCGGCUUUAUACUGAGUGUAUGCGCCGCGCUCACCACGUACGUGGUCAUUAUCAUCCAAAUGAAUCCUAAGGCCAUGAAGACCAUCAACAAGUUGGUCACCACGGCGCUCAACAACACUGGCAACGGGACCGCAUCUAGUGAAUAGAAUAUCUCGGGUGUAUUUACUCUUACUUUACUGUAUCAAUGUGAACGCCAGCGUUAUUUGUCGGAGGCAGAAGCGAUACUGGUGGCAGUCUUCAGAACUGUUCUUAAAACGAUAUGGUACAGAAGGUAUAUUACAAUAUUCUUGCAUUAUAACCACUCACUGCUUAUCUUCUGGUUCGAAGACAAAACAACCUCGCAUUUGUUCCCUUACCGUCAAUAGCAGUCCACAUAAAUAAGAAUACUAUUAUGGUUUCGGUUAAACGCCACUUUACGUAGAUGUCACCAGUGGCGGUGAGUGAUGCGGCAAUGUUUCGGCAUGAGGUUAAUAUGGCAAAAGUAGCAUAUUAUCGUUAAGCCAAAUGUCCAUGAUGGAUAACGUACGCAGUAUAGCGUAAGGCACUACCGUUUCUGAAAAACUCAGGGUUAAAGAAGUACUUACAUGGGUUCUGCUUUUGGACUGCCCUUUUAGUUAGCUCUUCCUGGAAAAGGAUGCUAUUACAAUGCAACAUCUAGAAGACUUAGCCUGCGGUUCUGGCGUGUUAGGUGAACCACAUUUUAUCGUGCACACAUGAUGUCAAAAUGCGCUGCUUGUGACGCGAACUAUUGCGCCAAGCUAUCAUAUGCCUGAGGCGCUGUCUCAUCCGUGCAACCUUUUUUGAAGAAAAACAAUGCAUACACCGAGGAUGUCACCGGUAUCAAUUAAAAUACCUGGAAUUGUUCCAUGGAAUCCUGCUUGUUCGGGCUACAUGUCAUCAUUUUGGCUGUCAAAACCAAUCUAGGUGCGAAGACAAAUUUUUGUUUUCAGACGAACUCUUUGCAUUCAGUUGAAACAAGCCAUAACCCUAUUUGAAUAUACAUACCCAUACUUUCAUGUAAUCAUCGCACUUAAAUAAAGAAAUGUUUGAGAAUGAAA